AUGAAGAAGAGCAAAAUUGGCGGUGACGUGUCGUCGUUGCUGAAAUCCACAAACGCAUCGACGUGCUACUCCGCUUCGUCGUUCUCCCGAUCCUGCCUCAGCAAAACGCCGUCGUCUAGAGGCAACCACUCCGCCGGCGCAAAGAGAUCCGUGAGAUUAUCUCUGGUCAGCGUGAUUGUCGACGACGAUCGCCGCCACAAAUCACUACAAUCAGAAAUCAGCAACAAAUCAUCACCAAAUCGCGACGUUUCCACGAAGAAUCACAACAACAUGAACAACAUCAGAAGCGUGAUCAACGAUGAGCUCAUGGCGCCCGUCAUGGAUCAAAACCGUCGCGUCGAGGGGGUGGCGAGAGAUCUGCUGAGGAAUUAUCAGAGGAAAAAUCAAAAUCCUCACAUCAAACACGAGGUUGUCGAUCGAAAUUUCGAUGAAGACGAAGACGACGAUGCAUUAUAUGUGAGAUGUUCACUGACCGACGCCAACGCCAACAACCGUGUGCUUGAUAAUGCAGAUCUGAAUCCCCCCUGA